AUGCGGGCUGUCAGUGAGAUAAUUACGACGUAUUCACUCAAACUUCUGUCUACGUCACAUACAGGAUUCAGCUCCAGACUCAAUUUCCAGGGCACAAAGGAGGUCGCUCAGAAGCAACUAAAGGAUAUACUAGCAAUGAGCGUCGGUGGUGGUGCUCGGCCAGUCCAAGGUGGAGCGCACCAAAACGCCGCUGCUCCAAUGGGAACCGCAAUGCCAAUGGGAGGACCUCGUCCAGCUGGUCCAGGCGGUCCAAUGCCAGGCGGAGCACCUAAUGCCGCGUAUCCAGGUGGUCCAGCAGCGGCUCCUGCUGGUCCACAGCCCACCACGUUCAACAAAUUCCUUCAGGGCACAAAGGAGGUCGCUCAGAAGCAACUAAAGGAUAUACUAGCAAUGAGCGUCGGUGGUGGUGCUCGGCCAGUCCAAGGUGGAGCGCACCAAAACGCCGCUGCUCCAAUGGGAACCGCAAUGCCAAUGGGAGGACCUCGUCCAGCUGGUCCAGGCGGUCCAAUGCCAGGCGGAGCACCUAAUGCCGCGUAUCCAGGUGGUCCAGCAGCGGCUCCUGCUGGUCCACAGCCCACCACGUUCAACAAAUUCCUUCAGCCAAUCAGCGAGUGUGAUGAGUCGAUUAACGACAUAAUUGAUCAAAUCAGUGUGGAUCGCUGGCCAGUACCACAGGGUCAUAGACCGCUUCGCGCCACUGGCGCCGCGCUGGCAGUAGCAGUCACAUUGCUGGAGCAAUGCUUCCCCAACACUGGCGCUCGCAUCAUGGCAUUCGUCGGUGGAGCAUGCACCCAUGGACCUGGUGCUGUCGUUGGUGAAGAACUGAAGCUGCCAAUUCGUUCAUGGCACACCAUCAAGGAGGACAAUGCCAUUUACAUGAAGAAGGCCACCAAAUUCUAUGAUUCGCUAGCGAGUCGUGCCGUGAAAAAUGGACAUGCGAUCGAUAUCUACUCGUGCGCACUCGAUCAAACUGGUCUUCUAGAGAUGAAGAACUGCUUCAAUUCGACAGGAGGAAAUGUGGUGAUGGGAGACUCAUUCAAUUCAUCACUGUUCAAGCAGACUUAUCAAAGGGCUUUUGAUAAAGAUGCAAACGGCCAGCUGAAAAUGGGCUUCAACGCCACAAUGGAGGUGAAGACAGGCAACGGUCUACGGAUUGAAGGUGGCACGGUUCGUAACGCCUGCGUCUCCGACACGGAGAUGGGUAUAGGAGGCACAUGUCAGUGGAAAUUCUGUUCACUCACGCCGAGGACGACGUUGUGUGUUCUGUUUGAGAUAUCAGCACAGCAUGGAUCCGCAAUUGCACAAGGUGCGCGAGGAAUGGUGCAAUUUGUGACGCAGUAUCAACAUGCAGAUGGUAGGAAGAGGAUCCGUGUUACGACCACAUGUAGAUCUUGGGCAGAUAUGGCCACCCAGCAGCCGAAUAUAGCGUAUGGCUUCGAUCAGGAAGCUGGUGCAGUGGCCAUUGCUCGUCUGGCAUCAUGGAGAGCUACCAACGAGAACGACACUCCAGAAAAAGCGCUGAGUAUUGGCUUGACCGCACCGCUUAUUGAGAUUCGAGGGCAUAUCUUAUUCUCAGAAAAUGUACUUGAGAGUACGACAAUGAUCCAACCGGUGCUGUUCAGUUAUUCCUUCAGUGGACCACCCGAACCAGUUCUCCUGGACACUUCUUCCAUAUUGCCUGAUAGAAUUCUUCUUAUGGAUGACUACUUCCAUUUUCUGUCUUUCCGUUCUUAUGUUAUUCUUGUGGACUCUUUUCCAACCCAAUAUUUGAAGACGAUUGCGGCGUGGAAAAAGAUGAACUACCACGAAGAUCCGCAGUAUGCGACGUUCAAGCAGCUUCUCGAAGCACCGGUCGGAGAUGCAACAGCUAUACUUCAGGAGCGAUGGCCAAUGCCGCGAUACAUAGUGACGGAGUACGAGGGAUCUCAGGCCCGCUUCCUGUUGUCCAAGGUCAAUCCAUCUCUAACACAUAACAACCCUUACGCAUCGGAGGGCGGAGCUCCAGUUUUCACCGAUGACGUGUCGUUGCAAGUUCUUCAUGGAGCAUCUCAAGAAACUCGCUUCCUCGUCAUCAACAUAAAGAAAGCAUUGCGUUUCCAUCCAGAAAGCCUUAGAAGCUCUCCUGGCCGAAUCUUUGUAGGAUACAUGAGAGAGUAA